UAUGUUUACUUACUGCCAAGCUUAAAAUAGAUCGAUAGUGUCAUAAGUGCAUAGACGAUGGAAAUUAGUCCUGAAUGCUUGCUAUGGUUACUGCUUAGUUCAACUGAGAAUGCCUUCCAGCUGCUUUCCUGCUAGGUAACAAUAAUUGUGGAAUAAUCAAAAUGAAUUAAAAUCACUAAGGUGUGAUAAUAUUUGCAUAGAAAUUGUUAGACCUUAGCAUUAUAUUAAUGCUAUAACCCAAUCUAGUCAUAAUCCAGUAAAAAGGUGACUCGUCUCAUCAAAACAUUGGCACUUUUAAUUUUGCUUGCAUUCUUAAUAAAUCAGAGAAAAACAAACAAAAUUUAAAAAUGGCUCACCAAGAAAAAGCUGUGUCGAGUGGUUUACUGAAACAAGCUGCGAUCCAAAUCGGUGCUGGAGGAUCAGCUGGUUUUGUUGAAGUUUGUAUCAUGCAUCCUAUGGAUCUGGUAAAGACUCGCUUCCAACUGCAGAUUAAAACAAAGGAAGUGGAUCCCUUGUAUUACACAGGGAUUCGUGACUGUAUGGUCAAGAUGUACAAAAAUGAGGGACUUGCUGCAUUUUGGAAAGGGAUCCUUCCACCAAUUAUUGUGGAAACUCCAAAACGAGCUGUUAAGUUCUUCACAUUUGAACAGUACAAGCAAUUUUUCCUUUUUGGUGCAAGUGCACCAACACCUGUGACGUUUUCAAUGGCUGGAUUUUUUGCUGGUGUCACAGAAGCAAUACUUGUCAAUCCUUUUGAAGUGAUUAAAGUAAAGUUACAAUCAAAUAGAAAACGAAUGAAGGAUAGCCCCUCUACUUAUGCAGUGACAAAAGAAAUUAUCACUAAACACGGGUUUGGCUCAAAUGGGCUGAACAAAGGUCUGACAGCUACCAUAAUGAGAAAUGCUGUCUUCAAUUCAUUUUAUUUUGGCUUCUACCAUUCCGUCAAAGGCUACAUACCAAUAAGUAAAGACCCUUGGGUCGAAUUUUUCACUAAAGUUGGCAUUGGUUUCACAUCUGGUACUAUGGCGUCAUGCUUGAAUAUUCCAUUUGACGUGGUGAAAAGUCGAAUACAAGGUUCACAAGGACAGUAUAAAGGCACGUUUCGUACUUUAGCUGUUAUCUACAGACAGGAAGGGUUCCAAGCGCUUUACAAAGGGCUUUUGCCAAAAGUGUUGCGACUUGGUCCAGGAGGAGCCAUUAUGCUCGUGGUCUACGAUUACAUGCACGAAUAUCUUACUAGAACAUUUAAGGACUGACCCCAUUGUCGGGCAAGAAUAAUUUUUGCUACUUGAAUGGUCACUUAAGUUCUGAAACUUGAAGGACUGAACCUUUAAAAGAUUAUCAGGGCGUCUAUUUUUUAUAGAUAUAAUCGCGAUUGCUUUAAAAAAGCGCGUAGAUCAACUAUUCUUUAUGCAAUGUUAAUAUUUUUCAAUAUGCAUUUAUAUUAAAAACACAUUGACUAUAUA